AUGUCAACAAGAAGAGAACAAGGUUUGGGGAAAAAACAAGAGGCGGGCAACAGCAAAAGUUCCGCGCGCCUCUCAGCCCCUGAGCUAACGGAGGAGCUAGCUGUGCUAAUCAAGACAACACUUGCUGACGAAAUGAUGACCUUUCACGAGAACGCCAGUAAGCUGAUCAAGGAUUCUAUUAAGGAGUCCCUUGCCCCCAUUGAGAAGACAUUGACCGAAAACAGCAACAUUCUGCGGUCACUGAGCGAACAGAUGGACACUCAUGCUAAAAAGUUCACUACAGUCUUCAAUAAAGUAGAUAGCAUUCAAGCUAACCUCAGAAAGAACGAGACUGAUACUGCGCGCUGUUGGGAGGAGAUAAAAAAACUGCGUGAGAACUUGACUGAGCAAGAGGAUCGAGCCAGAAGAAACAAUGUGCGGCUGGUAAACUUACCAACUGGAGCGGAGGGUGAGGACCCGCGGGGGUAUAUUCAGAAGAUGCUCCCCACCUGGAUCCCGUCUCUCCGCGGGUCACAAGUGGAAAUUGACAGAGCUCAUCGGAUCUACUCCAAUAGCACUACGAAGACCCAGACCAUGAUAUUCCGUCUUCUUCGUUACACUGACCGACAGGCUAUACUUGAAGGAGCAAGAAAAGCCAAACCGAGUCUCCCAGCUGGCACUCCGCUGUGGUUUUACGCAGACUACAGCACCGCGCGCGACAAGGCAGGAAGAUGUCGUUUGAAACGCCCGGGCAAGCCGAGGAAGCGCUGGCCGCUGCACUACGGGAGGAUGGAGAAGGCGAGCGCUUGGAAGAACAACAUGUUGACUCUGACUCUGGGUGAAAUGACCUACUGCAAAGAAGCAGAGGGGGGUGGGUUCGGAGGCUGGCGUGUGACGUUGCCGAGUGACGCUCACGGAUGCAACAGGAGGGUGAUGGGGAAAGGGGGGGGAACAGAGGGAGGGGGUGAGAGAGGGGGCACAGAGGGAUGGGGUGGGACAGGGGGGACAGAGGGAUGGGGUGGGAGAGGGGGCUGCUGCUACCAACAAUGA